GAGUGAGUGUGUGUUGCUCAGCAUAUGUUCUGUUGUGUUUCUUCUUCCUCUUGUUGUUCUCCGAACUGGUUGACAUCGUCAUGGCUAACUACACGACUCCACACGCUGUGACCCCACAAGCUGGAACUCAGCCUCCUCUACCCAAAACUGUGACCGAGGCUGUGACCACGGCUGUGACCGAGGCUGUGACCACGGCUGUGAACACGGCUGCGAACACGGCUGCGAACACGGCUGCGACCACGGCUGUGACCGAGGCUGUGACCGAGGCUGUGACCGAGGCUGUGACCGAGACAGGGACAAAGGGAAUCCCAACGGACGAUGGAGAUCUUGCAGCCAUAAUUGGAGGGGUCGUGGGCUUGCUGCUGCUGCUCCUUAUCUGCGUCAUCGCCGUGCUGCUGUGGUGUUUGACCAGACAAAAAGGCUCCUACGUCACCAACGAGACAGACGACGACGAUAUGGACGAGGACGAAGAGUCUGCCGGUUCUGAUGUGGAGCUCCAAAGCAAGGAGCCUCUGAAGACUAAAGAGGACGAAUAGAGACAAAA